GGUCAUGUCAUGACAUGCUCCUGCUCCUAAUAUAUGUCCAUGGAGAGAGAGAGAGAGAGAGAUUGCACUGGGCAGACUUGUAUGGUAGUAGCAGAGAGCGCAGUAAGCAAAGACAGAGAGUAAGCUUUCUCCGCGACUCCUCCGGCUCAGCGCAAGGGGGGUCGUAGUUUCUUUCUUCCGUCCCCGCUGAGAUACACAACACAACACACAGACCCACUCUCACUCGCCCCAACCACCCACCUUUAAUUUGCUUCCCCAGCUUCUCCUUUCUUUCUUCUAUAUAUUCUCUGUACUCUUCUUUGUACUCUUCCUCUUUCUCCCUCCCUUUUGCUCUCUUUUCUCCUGUUAAAAUAUUCUUAAUUCUUACAGUUUUCUCUGCACCUUCUCGUAUUCUCAUCUCUUCAUCACCAUCUUUCUGUGCUUGUUACCUGCCGAACUUCAGUUCCUCAUAUUCUUUCGCUAGUAGAUAUUUCCUCCUCUCGUUUUCUGCUUUUGCUUUGUGCUUUCCGGUGAAUCAGAACGAAUUCCGGGCCAAAAGGCAGGAGAAAUUUGCGUGACACUGAAAACUCCGAAAACCCAGCUCAAGAGUUAGCGACAAGAAAAAAGGAAAAAUAAAAAUAGAAAACGAGAGAGAGAGAGAGAGAGAGAAGACUUUGUUGAAGUGAAGGGACUGAAUAGAGGGAGAGCUAGCCCUGAAAAGGAGAGUUGAAACUGGGGAAAAAGAGGAGCGAAAAUCUAAUCUGAGUCAUCUGGUUUCGAACUUCGAAGAGUGAGGGAGAGAAGAAAGACUGGGAGGGGCUUGAGAUUGGAUAUAAAAGAGAGAAAAAAAGGGCGUUUGACUGAAGAAACCGAGGCGAUGAAGACUUUGAGUAGAGAGAGAAAGGACUAAACAGCGUCACAGAUCUCAUUUUCAACUUUUUAAGUGCUUUAUUUUAUUGAAAUCCUCUGUUCUUCUCGUAGUUUAUUCGUCCAGAGAUCCCCAACUUCAACUUCACAGUGAAUGAAGAAAACUUUAUCAAAUUCAAGCAAGAUCUGCUUCGGAGAGAAGUGAAGAGCAACUAAAUUCUUCUAGCUCUUACUUCACCUUCACGUGAACCCUUCCGAAUACUAGGGGUACUACUCCCUCGAAACCCUAAAGCUGCGUCCUCCAGGCUUCCAACUUAGUACUCAGCGAAGCCGAUCAAUUUGAAAGAAGAUUUUUUUUUUUCAUUAUUCAAUCUCGAUCCGGAUCUCUGUAACCAAGCGGGCGGCCUUAAAUUCCAUUAUUAAAUCAUAACAUAUAUUCAAAAGGGAAAGAAGAUCGAAGCUUAUCCCUAACAGCUCUACGAAUUGCACCAUUUCUCUGUACAAGUAGAAGAGCCUUGGUUGUGCUGCUUCACCGCCAUUGUUGCCCGUCUACAGAUUUUAACAGUUGCACCUGCAACGCAAACCAGGAAAAGGAAGGAAGAGAAGAGCAACAAAGAAGGGAAGAAAUUAUUACACCCAAAAGAAAAUAUUUAUAGAGCAGUUCAGUUAUGGCAUCGUCGUCAAGCUCUCCCUGUGCCGCGUGUAAAUUUCUCCGGCGUAAGUGUCACCCAGAGUGUGUUUUCGCGCCGUACUUCCCGCCGGACCAGCCACAGAAGUUCGCAAACGUCCACAAGGUAUUCGGUGCAAGCAAUGUAACGAAGCUGCUCAACGAACUCCACCCUCACCAGCGCGAGGAUGCCGUGAAUUCCCUGGCUUACGAGGCGGACAUGCGCCUCCGAGAUCCCGUCUAUGGCUGUGUGGGCGUAAUUUCCCUCCUCCAGCACCAACUCCGGCAACUGCAGAUGGACCUCAGUUGUGCCAAGUCCGAGCUCUCCAAGUACCAGAACGUCGGCAUCACAAGCCAUGGACUUAUCGCGGCAGCAGCUGCCGCUGCUGCUGCCAGCACCCACAACCACCCCCAGAUUGGGAUUGGUCUUCUGGGUGGCAGCCGCGAUCACCACCAAUUCUUCACUAGGGAUCAACAGCAAAUGAUCAGGGCUUUUGAUGCUAACAGUGCCUACGACGCAAGCCUCGUCGCCAUGAAUGUUUCGGCCAGCCUUGGGCAGUUGGGUCAGUUCCAGCAGACAAGAGCUGCUGGUGGCGACGAUCUUCGGAGCGUUGGACCUUCGUAGGUUACAUCUUAAUCGAUCAUAUACUUGCCCAACUUCAUCAAACAGGUUUCGAAGGGAGAGAGAGAGAGAGAGAGAGAGAGAGGUUGUUCAGAGUCCAUGAAAGAAGUUACUAGCCAUUGAUGUGCUAGUUUUUUAUAUACAUAUUUAUGUUCUCUCCUUAAUUUCUAUUGUUCUUGCCUUCUUUUUUCCUACUGUGAACUACAGUAAUAGUAACAAAGAUUAGCUAGUAGGUCUCUGCCA